AUGCAGGCCUGCGUGCUGUGGGCACUGGCCUUCUGCCUCCUGCUGGGGCCUCCUGCAGGAGCCAAGCCGCUGCGGGAGCCAGAAGACCCCUACGCGGAGCCGCCGGCCCUGCCCUACUGGCCCUUUUCUACCUCCGACUUCUGGAACCACGUGCGGCACCUGCAGGAGCAGGGCGCCUACUCCCAGCUCGAGGACCUGGCCCGUACCUUCUUCGCCCACUUCCCGCUGGGCAGCACCCUGGGCUUCCACGUUCCCUACCAGGAGGACUGA